AUUCUGCCCUCACUCACACAAACACACAAGAAAGACCCUCUUCUCCCUCCACCCACUCUAUCUAGCCCACUCUGGAUCUCAGUCACAUUCUUCAGUUUCUCCCUCCCUCCCCCUUCUUCCUCCAUCCUCCUCUCUUAUCAGAUCUCCUCAUAUCUCGGCGACGGAAUCGUUGCAAUCCAAACACCCAAAAGCUUCCAUCUCAAGCCCCCUUGCUUCCUCCUUUUGACUGGUAGGUAGCUGGAGAAAUCCAAGAAAAGCAACAAGUCAAGAAAGAGGGAAAGCCAGGAGUGGAGGCAAGGAAGAAAGAAAGAUGGUGAUGAUGCUGCUCAUAAGUCGCCCCAUGAUUCACCGCAUCAUCCCCUCUCCUCCUGCGCGCUUGUAGCCACCGGACCCUCGCCGUCCGUCCGUGUACACUACCUUCGGUGGGCGGUGGAGUUUGGUUUCUGGGCAGACGGUCGCCGCCACAAUGCCGCAGUUCCAGGAGCUGCCCUGCGGCGGGCAGGUGCUGGACAUCGACGCCGCGCUCAAGGACGGCAUCCUCGGGUGCGGCCCGGAGCCCGGCGACGGCGCGCUGGGCGACGGAGCGAAGCAGCAGCCGGUGGAGCUGCGGAAGAUGAUGGACGAGCUGGACGCGGCGGGGGACGCCCCCGGCCCCGGCGGCGGCGACGAGCCCGUGCCCGCCGUCUUCAUCUGCCCCAUCUCGCUGGAGCCCAUGGUGGAUCCGGCCACGCUCUGCACGGGGCAGACCUACGAGCGCGCCAACAUCGCGCGCUGGCUCGCGCUCGGCCACCGCACCUGCCCCACCACCAUGCAGGAGCUCUGGGACGACGCGCUCACCCCCAACGCCACGCUCCGCCAGCUCAUCGCCGCCUGGUUCUCCCGCCGCUACGCCCGCUUCAAGAAGCGCGCCGCCGACUUCCACGGCCGCGCCGCCGACCUCGUCCACGCCCUCCGCGGCACCGCCGUCCCCCGGCGCCACCCGCUCAAGGGCAAGGCCCGCGUCGCCGCGCUCCAGGAGCUGCGCGCCCUCGCCGCCGCCCACCAGUCCGUCACCAAGGCCGUCGCCGACGCCGGCGGCGUCGCGCUGCUCACCUCGCUCCUCGGCCCCUUCACCUCCCACUCCGUGGGCUCCGAGGCCGUCGCCAUCCUCGUCUGCGGCGUGCCGCUCGACGCCGACGCCAAGGCCGCGCUCAUGCAGCCCGCCAAGGUGUCCCUCGUCGUGGACAUGCUCAACGAGGGCGCGGUGGACACCAAGAUCAACUGCGUCCGCCUCUUCCGCAUCCUCAUGGAGGAGAAGGCCUUCCGGCCGGAGACGGUGGCGAGCCUCAGCCUCCUGGUCGGAGCCAUGCGCCUUGUCCGGGACAAGCGGCAUCAGGACGGCGUCGCCGCCGGGCUGGAGCUGCUCAAUUCCAUCUGUGCCGUGCAUAGACCCGCCAGGAGUAUGAUUGUCAGCAUCGGCGCGGUGCAGCAGCUGGUGGAGCUGCUGCCGGAGCUGGCGACGGAGUGCGUAGAGCCAGCAUUGGACGUCCUGGACGCGCUCGCCGCCGUCCCGGAAGGCAGGAUGGCUCUCAAGGAUUGCCCGAGGACGAUACCCAAUGCCGUCCGGUUGCUGAUGAGGGUGUCCGAAGCCUGCACGCGGCGAGCGCUGUCGAUGCUGUGGGUGGUCUGCAGGAUUGUUCCUGAGGAGUCUGCCCCUGCGGCCCUGGAGGUUGGGCUGGCCGCCAAGCUUCUCCUGGUCAUCCAAAGCGGCUGCGGGCCGGAGCUGAAGCAGCAAGCCUCGGAGUUGCUCAAGCUCUGCACCAUGAAUUGCACAUCCACCGCCUUCCUCGCAAAGUGCAAGCUCACAAAGACAAUUCAAUGAGAAGGGACAUAUAUCAAUUUGCUUCGAUCUGCUUGCAGUUUCCAUCGGUGGCCAGUCUUGCAUAAUCUGGAUCAAGGGAUGGAUGGGAUUGGCAAAUUGGUGGAUGAUGAAGACCCAUGUAAAUAGUCUCGCAACUAGCCGAACUUGCUGUGUGGUCAUUUGAAAACAUAAGAGUGGACGAAUGGAUCGUCCGCCAUCGACAUGAAGCCUUGAGCCACAAUGCAGCAUCAGCGCCGCCCAAAUCGGUGGCUAGCCGGCGGAUGUACAUGCGAAUUGGUGUGAAUUGGUCAGCUCAAUAAGCACUCAACGGGUGGGUUGUGGUAAGUAUAGCCAGUUUUGGUAUAAGUAGCUGAGGAGCCUCCAAUUUUAGGUUUUGGGUCUGUCAGGACUGUAGUUCUUCCUUCUUCUUGUCUUCGGUGUAAUUGAUGAUAUAAAUUGGGUAGAAUUGCAUACAGUGUUGUUGCUUCAGAAACUGGUGUGCGCACAUUGGCACAUUGCCAUAGCUAGGGUGGAGUUUUGAGUUCUUCCUGCAUCAUGAUCAUGUGUUUCUCCGGUCAAAUUUGGGAAGUGUACACUUUGCCUCUAGCUUUGUACUGAAAAGAGUUACUGCAGUUUGAAAUUGAAACAGUUGAAAGAUGAGGUACUAAGCAAUGAGCCUCCAAUUUUA